UGGCAAAAGAGAAACAUAAAUUCCGGCGGCACUUUUCCCACUUCCCAGUUUUCUGUCUUCUCUCUCUUUCCGGAAUCACCACAAAGCAGAGAAAGCAAAAUGAAGAGAGAGAGAGAAUUGGUCGAACUCUCCGACGACGAAUGGACUCCCCACUCCGAAUCCUUCAAACCCUCGCGCGUCCUCAAGCCCAAUCCCCCUUCUCCAAACCCUCCUCCCCCCAUCGAAUCCUUCGCUUUCUCCAAAGCCACUUCCAAUUCCCAUGAAAUCCUCCUACUCGACACCUCUUCCUCCGAUGGCGCCGACCCCGGGAACGGCGACGACCUUGAGGAUUUGGAGGACGACGACGCUGAGCUCGAGGUCACUAAGAGAGCUUCCACGAGCACUCGGGGGAGCAGGUUCGUGAUCGACGACGACGACGAGGAAGACGACGAUGGCGCCGCCGCGGAUGACGAGGACGGCGAUUAUAGCGACCCGGAGGUGUGGAUGGAGGAGGAGGAGCAGGAAGAUGAUGUUGUUAAGAAGGCUUUACGAAAAUGUGGGGAGAUUUCGGCUGAAUUGAAGCAGGAAUUGUACGGAACAAGCGCGGUCGCAUGUGAUCAGUACUCGGAGGUGGAAUUGGGGUCUGCUGCUGCUGCUAGGAUUGUCACUCAGGAUGACGUGAAUGACGCAUGCGGAGCUGGGGAUGAUUUCCAGCCUACACUAAAGCCGUACCAGCUAAUUGGAGUCAAUUUUCUUAUGCUUUUGUAUAGGAAGAAAAUUGGUGGAGCUAUCUUGGCAGAUGAGAUGGGUCUUGGAAAGACUGUUCAGGCCAUAACGUAUCUGACUCUGUUAAAGUAUCUGGAAGAUGAUCCGGGGCCCCAUUUAAUUGUAUGUCCCGCUUCUCUCUUGGAAAAUUGGGAAAGGGAGCUUAAGAAGUGGUGUCCAUCAUUUACUGUGCUUCAGUAUCAUGGUUCUGCACGGUCAGCUUAUUCAAGAGAAUUAAAUUCUCUCGGAAAGGCUGGACGGCCACCGCCAUUUGAUGUUUUUCUUGUGUGCUAUUCGCUUUUUGAACGCCACAGUUUGCAGCAGAAAGAAGACCGCAAAAUUCUGAGACAUUGGAAGUGGAGUUGUGUUCUAAUGGAUGAAGCUCAUGCACUAAAGGAUAAGAAUAGUUUCAGGUGGAAAAAUUUGAUGUCAGUUGCAAGAAAUUCAAGGCAGCGUUUGAUGCUUACAGGCACACCACUGCAGAAUGAUUUGCAUGAGCUGUGGUCGUUGUUGGAGUUUAUAAUGCCAGGCCUUUUUGAAACUGGGGAUGUUGACUUGAAAAAGUUGUUGAAUGCAGAAGACAGAGAUCUAAUUUGUAGAAUGAAGUCCAUUCUUGGACCAUUUAUCCUAAGACGAUUAAAAUCAGAUGUAAUGCAACAGCUAGUUCCGAAGACGCAGAAGAUUGAAUACGUUUGCAUGGGAAAAGAACAAGAAGAUGCUUAUAAAGAAGCAAUUGAGAAUUAUCGUGCGAUAUCUCAAGCUCGUUUUCUGAAGUCAUCUGAAACUAGCUUAAGUAAUGUGGCCAAAAUACUCCCUCGGCGACAAAUUUCUAAUUACUUUCUGGAAUUCCGAAAGAUAGCAAAUCAUCCAUUAUUAGUGAGACGCGCCUACACAGAUGAUGAUGUUCUUCGUAUUGCUAAAAUGAUGCAUCCAAAAGGCGUGUUUGGCUUUGAAUGUACGUUAGAGCGCGUGGUCGAGGAGCUUAAGAGCUACAAUGACUUCUCUAUUCAUCGGCUCCUACUUUUCUAUGGUGAUACUGACUUGAAAGGAACUCUCUCUGAUGAACACGCUAUGGUUUCUGCAAAAUGUCGAGCAUUGGGUGAACUUCUCCCUAAAUUAAAUCGUGCUGGGAGUCGCGUCCUUAUUUUUAGCCAAUGGACGUCGAUGCUUGAUAUAUUGGAGUGGACUUUGGAUGUGAUUGGUGUGACCUACAGGCGCCUUGAUGGAAGUACACAGGUGAAAGAGAGACAGACAAUUGUGGAUACCUUCAACAAGGACACUUCAAUAUUUGCAUGUUUGUUGUCCACAAGGGCCGGAGGACAGGGAUUGAACUUGAUCGGUGCUGAUACCGUUAUAAUCCAUGACAUGGAUUUUAAUCCCCAGAUUGAUCGUCAAGCAGAAGACCGAUGUCAUCGCAUUGGCCAAACAAAGCCAGUCACAAUAUACCGGCUUGUGACGAAGGGCACGGUGGAUGAGAACGUUUAUGAGAUUGCAAAGAGGAAACUAACACUGGAUGCAGCUGUCCUUGAAUCUGGAGUGGUAGAAGAUGAAGGCGAGAUGCCUGAUAAGACUAUGGCAGAGAUAUUAUCUUCCUUAUUGUUGCACUAACUUCGGUCCCAGCGCAUGCAGCAGAAUCACAUUGGCUUUUCUUUUUUUCGGUGUACACUAUUUCUUGUGACUUCAGCUAUUGAACACAUCAACAUAAUUUAAACGCUUAGAAACCAAAAAUAUUAUAAAUUGACAUCUUUUAAAGUUGUUUCGUAA